AUGCCGACCGUGAACAACUGGUCUGUCCGAUUCCUCGAGAAUUAUGUCUACUCCAUGCCCGAGCCGCCGCCCCGAAAGCGCCACAAGCCCAUGGAGGUGCUCUGUGUGGGCAUGCCUCGCUCCGGGACCGAGUCGCUGCAGCACGCGCUCCUGACGCUGGGCUACGAUCACACAUACCACGGGUGGGACAUCAUCUACGAGCAGCCCAACUACGCCCAGCAGUGGGUCAAGCUCUGCCGCAAGAAAUGGUUCGGGCCACUUGACGGCAACAACGAUUUUACGGCGGCCGAUUUUGACCCCCUGAUAGGACACUCGGUCGCUGUCACGGACGCGGCAGCCUCUGUGUUCGCCGCUGAGUUGAUUGCAGCAUACCCCGAGGCCAAGGUAGUCCUGAACUAUCGAAGGGACCUGGAUGCGUGGCACGAGAGCGCGAUGGCGACACUAGUCCGCAACAACAGCAACCUCCUCCUCCUCGUAUUGUCGUGUCUGGGCCGCGAGCUUUUCUGGUCCUGGCACGUCUACGUCCGGUUCAUGUGGCCAGGUCUGUUCCGCGCACUAGAUGGCAACCUGGAGACGGGAGUCGCGAGGAAUGGGAAGUGGGUGUACCGUGCACUGUAA